AUGAUCUAUACUAUUGAUUAUCUCAUUAAUAAUAAUCCAACAUUACUACCUGGAAUCGAAAUUGGUUAUAAAAUACUUGAUUCCUGUUCAUCAAGACACUUAGCUGUGUCAUCUCUUACUUCAAGUCUCGUCGAAUCUGAAACUGUAAAUUUUCUGCAAUUUGGUGAUAAUGGUACACUAAUUUCUGAUCAUACAUCGGUAUCUGGCCAUGUUCCUACUAUCGGAAUAGUAGCUGAAAAAAUAGAAAGUAUUACGAUCGCACUUGCAUCGUAUACAAGUAGUUUGUACUUCCCACAGAUAAGUUAUAACUCAUUUAGCACAUUACUCAACGAUCGUAAUAUAUUUCCAUACUUUUUUAGAACUACGUCACCAUUAGCAGUUCAGGCACAGGCAAUUUCUGAUAUCGUGUCUUAUUUCAAUUGGAAUUGGAUUUCAAUAGUAAUAGGAGGCUUGGAUACUUUCAUCAACGUAGAAAAAAUUCUAACUUCAGCGAUAAAAAGUCGAAAUAUCUGUAUA